UGGGACUCCCUGUGUCAACUGAUGGAGGUUCAAGUUAAACCAGUCAGUAUGAUGCGUCUCGUCCGUCACCCAAACUCCAUACACUAUGGUGAUCCACGUUUACUCCAGGUAACACUACAAUCAGCUAAUGAUGCAGAGGAAGUUCUCUUGUCAGCUACUCGCCUCCGUACCACAUCAUGCACAGUUCGAAUCUUUCCAGAUGUUCCUUGGAGCGAACGUCAAAAACGCAAACAAAAUCCGGACGACUUCCGUAAACGACAAGACGCCAAAUCUGUUCUUGUUCACGGUGUCCCCGAGCUCAAGACCUCAAGCGAUCUAGAGGCCAAAGCGCAUGACUGGGAUGAAUGGCGUUUUAUUCGCGAACUGCUCUCACUCGAAAACGUUAUUGCUACUUCGACAUCAAGGUUACCACUCUCACCUAACUACAAAGGAUGUGGUCCCCGAGUGAUGAAAAUAUCGUUGCAUUCCGAAAUGAUGGUAGAAUAUGUGAUCAAUACGUGGCGCAAAAUGCGUCAAAUGCUACCAUCCGAAAUACGUAUAAAGACGAUGGGCACUGAACCACCAACAGGCCAUGUCACACUGAGCAAGCAACGUACCAAUACAAUUCUGCCGCCAUGUAGCUCAGACCAGAGACAAUGCCAAAACACGCUGCCGGCUGAAGGGGGACAAGUUGGUCACCCACUUGUUGGCGCUGAGAGCUCAAUACAACGACCUGAACUGGCCCUAGGGUCUGCAGCAUCGGUCCUACAAAAAAACUACCGGCAGCCGACCCCACAAGGGUCGGCGUAAACUCCAACCGAAAACCAGAAUCUACAAACACUCUUCUAACCACCGAUGCCCUCACCUGCUUCUAUACUAAUGCACAAGGUCUUCUCAGCAAGCUAACCGAACUUCGAUUUCGCCAGGUCUCCACGCCCUGGGACCUAGUUAUGGUCACCGAAACCUGGCUGAGCACGGAAAUCGCGGAUGCCGAGAUUGCGCUACCUGGCAUGAGUUCCUUACGAAAAGAUCGGCCUAGCAGAGGAGGCGGAGUGCUUUUGUAUUAUCGAUCCGACCUACAUGUUGAGAUCAUUGAUGACUCAGAAGCAAACAUCAACGAUUCUCUUUGGUGUCGUAUGCACCUGAGACGUGGCGAUGUGUGUUUGCUAGCAAUAGUUUACCGUCCUCCAAUGUCUACCUUGGAAAUGGAUCAAGGCCUUGCUGCUGCGAUGAAACGAGUAUUGACACGUCCACACAGUCACGUUCUUCUGGUGGGGGACUUCAAUCUGCACGCACUCGAAGUUCCAGCAUCGCCCAGCGAACAGUUCAAGGCUGAUUUGCAAGAACUGAUUACCGAUGUACCACUGUAUAACAAUGUCACCUCCCCCACUCGUUUCAGAACGGGUGACACCCCCUCUGUCUUGGACCUUGUGCUCACCAACGAGGAACUAAUGAUUGACACCGUUACCAUAGCUACACCACUAGGUCGUAGUGAUCACGCGACGUUGCACUUUCGUUACAUCUGUUAUUCGGAGUACGUUAGAGAGAACGACGAGGAAACUUAUAUGGUUACACAUUACGACAUCUUGUCUAACCUUGUUCAAGACACCAACUGGUCCUUCCUGACCGAGAAUCCGCCCGAUGAGGCUUGGAUGGUGUUUGUCACCAAAUUCACUGAGCUAGUGGCAAAUGCAUCAGAACGCAAGGCCUUUCGCCCGAAGCAAGUGGAUUCGUUCCUAAGAAGCCGUACGAGAAAAUCUAUGGCCUUAAGGGAUUCGGCCUGGCACGCUUACAAAGUUUGCCCAAGUAAUCUGACCUGGGGAGUCUACACAACUCAACGAAACCACUGCGUCAAGUUGAUUCGCGAAGACAAACUCCAGCACCAACAGAACUUAGCGGCGAAAUUCAGCAAAAAUCCAAAGCUGUUGUAUAGACAUAUCAACAAACUCCGUAGAGUGCAGCGCGGGAUCCCGGUCUUGCGUGCAACAGAUGGUCAUGCGCAAACUGCACAGGACGCGGCCAACGUGUUUCGUCAACACUUCCUCCAUACUUUCCGGAGUGAACCAUCCCUUCACCCGAUUUUGACAGAGCUCUCACCGUUCCCAGGUUUACACAACGUAUCGUUCACGGCAACCAAUGUGUUGAAAACGCUAAUGUCGUUGCGUGUGCACAGCUCGCCAGGCGUAGACGAUAUUAAACCGAAGGCGUUGAAGGCAGCGGCCCUAAACAUUGCCGAACCAUUAGCUCGGUUCUUUCAACGUUGUCUUGACGAAAUGCUGAUUCCCACAAUGUGGAAACAUGGGCUAGUCACUCCCAUUUACAAAAGCGGUAAUCGUGCGGAGCCGUCGAACUACCGUCCAAUCACUCUCCUCCCAGUUUUAUCCAAAGUAAUGGAACGUAUAAUUGCGGAGGCGCUGAUGGGAUAUCUGGAGAACAACAAUAUCAUAGUGCCACAGCAACACGGAUUCCGCCGAAAUCGAUCCUGCACUACAAACUUGCUGCUGGCCCGAGCAAGCUGGACGGAGUCAGCUGAUGCUAGAUUUGGAGUCGACGUUGUCUACCUGGACUUCUCGAAGGCGUUCGAUCGUUUGGACCACCGCAUCCUCCUACACAAGCUUCGAGGCUACGGAAUCGGUGACCCUGUGCUUGGUUGGAUCGCCAACUUUCUCACUCAACGUCAGCUGAAUGUGAGAGUCCGCAGCUCCAUGUCCGACCCAAUUGACGUCCAGUGCGGUGUGCCACAAGGGUCAGUACUGGGGCCACGUUUAUUUUUAACAUUCAUUAACGACCUUGCCAGUGUACUACAGUCGAACUUCUUGCUGUUUGCAGAUGAUGUCAAAAUUUGGCAUGACAUCCGGACAGAGGACGAUCACACAACACUGCAGAGCGAUCUGGACAGGGCGUACACUUGGUCAUCCGAAAACAUGCUCCACUUCAAUGUCGCCAAGUGCAAAGUCGUGAGCUUACGCCACCAGCUCAUCCAUGAAUACUUACUCGGGGACCAGCCGUUGCAACAUGCUUCCCAGGAAUGCGACCUCGGAGUGAUCGUGCAGGACGACCUUGGCUGCUCCAGACAAGCUGAAAAGGCAUCGAAAAGGGCCAGUCAACAUCUCGGACUCUUACGGAGGGCUUUCGGAAAUUUCGAGCCAUCUGUAUUUCCGCAAAUGCUGAGCGCUUACGUGAGACCCCACGUGGAGUAUGCGAUCCAGGCCUGGCGUCCCUGGCGCAAGCGCGACAUCAGUGCACUUGAAGCUCCACAGCGUAGAGCAACGAAGCUCGUCAGAGGCCUGUUUCACAUCCCCUACCAACGCAGACUGCAGUCUCUGGGAUUGUACAGUGGUGAAUAUCGUCGUCACCGAGGAGACCUCAUCAUGGUCUACUUAAUACUGAUGAAUCCAAAUCACCCAUGUCGCAGUCUCUUGCAGCUGAGCCAAAAUACCAACCUGAGAGGUCAUCAGCUCAAACUGGCUACACACUACAGCCGACUUGAUUGUCGACGAAACUCUUUCUCACUCCGUGUGUCCCGUGCUUGGAAUGCGCUCCCCACUCACGUCGUCCUUGCCCCCACAUUGGCACUAUUUAAAAAACGCCUAGAUGACACACUUUCCAACUUGCAUUAUUUGGCAUAGCACGUCCUAUUCGGAGGACGAAAUAACGAGACCCAAACCAUGAGGUUACUGACCCUCCCCGCAAAGUGGCGGUGAUGUUACAUACAGAAGUGUCCCAAUGAGCGACAUGGAUGUAUACAAACUGGAGUAACGUACCACAUCUCUCAACGGAAGCAACACACGAGUGAGCGUUAUCCGUUCCUUUGAUUUCUUUUCCCACAUUUGCUGUAAUAUAACAGCUCUACUUUGGGUGCAGACAUCCAGUCCAUACUUCAAACUAUCAUUAUGUAGAGGCUUAAAAAACGAUUUACUUGUUCGAUUAUCCUUCCAUUUUAUCUAUUGCUCCAACCACCCUACGGGACCUGUCAAGCAUAUGCUUUUUUACCCGUUAUAAAUCAUUGUUCAUUGUUC